CUUUCAUCACUGUCCUUUUCCUAGACUUACUCCUACCCUCUCUCUCUCUCUCUCUCUUUAGACUUAGACUCCACCCCACUCGUUCCCCGAUCGAAUAACCUUACUCUCUUAUUCGCUCACAUUCUCCCUAAUAAAGCCCUCCCCCCUCUCCCCUUCUUCUCUCUCUCUCUCUUUCUCUUUUACACUUGUUCUUUCUUUCUCUUUUCAUUAAAAAAAAGCAAGACCAAACAACUCUUAAAAAUGCAUUUCGCAGUUGACAAACGAGGCCCUUCUCCUCGUCAAUCCUUACGGUCUGGAAAGUCCAUGGCCAUCAUGCAAAAGUCGAGAUCAGAACCAAACUGUGCAAGUUCAGCCGCCAACUCAUUUGCCCUGACAAUUGCACAUGCUCAUCCCAAGAGAAAAUCGACAGGCAAUCUCAGACGCACUUCGUCAUUUAGCAAUGCAGCCAAAACAACCGACUCACGAUCCACUUGUCUCAAGGAUAUAUGGCGUCCCCCUGGUUGCUAUGAGAUCCCCGAUAUCCUUGGCAACGCCUAUCUUAAACCAAGUCCACCUGUUGGCCUUAGUCUCCGUCCUAAUGACCCAAGCAAGCAAGUUACAAAGCGUCCAUGGUAUCCUCCCAGCCCCCAUUACCAGGUACCUCAAUUACCACCCCUUGUUCGUGCGGAGAACAAGUUCGAGGUCAAGAUGCGUAAGAUGUUGCCUCGAGUCUCCAUCCGCUCCUCCGAUCCACGCGCACGAUACACCGACUUUAAGGAGAUCGGUACUGGUGUCAAUGGUGCUGUUGUUCGUGCAACGUAUCGCAAGAAGCCAAGUGUCCAGCUCGCCAUUAAACGCUGUAAACUUGAUCCCGAUCAGGAGUACAGGGCAGCCAUUCUGCGUGAACUGCGGAUUAUGUCGAGCGGUCAUGCCAAUUUGAUCAAGUUGCGUGAGAUUACGCUGUGUAGAGACGAUAUCUGGAUUGCCAUGGAUUUGAUGAGAUGUUCAGUAUUUGCUGUGCUUUGCCAGCGUGGAAUUCCAGAAGAAUACACGGUCUAUAUUACUUGCGAGACUCUCAAGGCACUGACCUAUCUCCACUCAAAGGGACUCUUGCACAGAGAUGUCAAGUGUGAAAACCUUUUGCUUGGAUGGAAUGGCGAAGUAAAGCUUGCUGACUUUGGUCUGUCUGCUCGUAUCUCCCGUCGUAACCGUGAUCGUUUGGGUACAACAAAGUGGAUGGCUCCUGAAGUCAUCCGAGAAGAAUACUACGAAGAAAAGAUUGACAUGUGGUCUCUUGGCAUUACAAUUAUUGAAAUGAUGGACCGUGUACCACCCCACUAUUUGAUCAAGGACGAAGAAGAGCUCUUUGACGUUAUCGCCACCGAGCCCAGCCCCACUUUCACCUACAGCUACCCCUCGAUGUACAUGCGAGGUCUGGUUGCCUGGUUGUUGGACGAAGAACCCGGAACUCGUCCUAGCGCCAGAGAUGUUUCGCUUGAAAUUGACGCCCAUGUCAAGGCAAACCUUCUCCAGUGCUCUACAGCCCAUGGUCUCACACGCUUCCUUGGUCAAGUCUUGCCCCAAUACUAAGCUCCCCUUUUUUUUCAUUUUGAAAAAAAAAAAAGAAUCCAACUUGCACACAUCUUUAUAUAUAUAUAUAUAUAUAUAAUCCUCUCCAACCCUUCUUCUUCUUCUUCUUCUUUUCUUACUUCUAUUGCCACACCCAAACCUUGUUCAUCACCUUUUGUUUUUCUUUUUCUUAUGCAUUCCACCCCCUCUAUUUUUCCUUUACAUCUUAUACAAAAAUAACCCUCCCCUUCACAUACUUCAAGACCCUCUUUUCUUUCUUUUCUUUUCUUUCUUUUCUUUGUUUUUUCUCUUCUAUCUUACUUCUUGUUCUUGAUGUACCCAUCGUCUUUAGAAAAAAAGUACAAGAAAGAAAGAUAAAGAAAGAGAUCAAGGCAACAAAAAGAGAAGAAGAAAAAAGAAGUAAAUUGGGGAAUCUUGUAAGAUGUUUUUUUUUAUGUCUUCAAACCUUUUCUCUCUCUCUCUCUCUCUUCCCUCUUCUCCUUCAUCUUCUAAACUCUCAUCCUGUUAUUUUUUUUUCUAUUUCAUUUCAUUUCAUUUUUUAUUUUUUUAUUUAUAUUCUUUACUAUGUUACAAACCCAUUUAAGCCAUGAAGACAAAUCAAAUCAAAUCAAAACAAAACAAACCAAACC